AUGAAUUGGCGCAACUUCCUCUGCAGCCCUGCACAGCGCACGAGAGCAAGAGGGUGGCACCUCGGGGGGAAACUCCCCUUCACGGGAAAGUGCUUCCUCACCAAUGAAGCCAAACCGUUUAAGGUGGGAAUCAUUGGAGCAGGCCCGUCGGCGCUCUACUGCUGCAAGCAUUUGCUAAAACAUGAAAGAGUUAAAGUUGACAUUUUUGAGAAGCUACCCAACCCGUAUGGUCUCAUCAGAUAUGGAGUGGCCCCCGACCACAUUCAUGUGAAGAAUACCUACAGAACGUUUGACCUCGUUUUUUCAAGCCCCAAUUACAGAUUUUUUGGAAAUGUGCAUGUAGGGGUGGACUUAAAAAUGGAAGAACUUCGACGCCACUACAACUGUGUCAUUUUUUGUUGCGGAGCGUCUGAAGUGUCGAUUCCCAUUGGGCAGCAGGAUGAGGAUAAAGCGGUUAGCGGGGGAGAAACAAAUCCCCGAAAGCAGAACGGCCUUUUCCAUGCGAGGGACCUCAUCUACUUUUACAACAACAUGUACAACGACGUGCGAUGCAGAGCAGUGGAGAAUUACCUAAAAUCGUUCGAAAAUUUCACCACCUGCAUCAUCAUAGGGAAUGGGAAUGUAUCUCUUGACAUAGCACGCAUAUUGGUAAAAUCCCCCAACCAUUUAAGCAAAACAGACAUCAGCAGUGACUACCUGAAGGUGAUGAAGCAACACAAAAUUAAACACAUUUACAUUGUUGGGCGCAGGGGAUUCUGGCAGUCAUCCUUUACCAAUGCAGAACUGAGGGAAUUAAUUUCGUUAGAGAAUACCAAAGUUAUUUUAAGCAAAAAAAAUUAUGACCUUUGUUGCCAUUUAAAAAGUGAUGAGGCAAAUACAAAUAUGAAAAAAAGGCAACAUGAAAUUUUUCAAAAAAUGGUAAAAAAUUACGAGGAGGUGGAAAAAAAUAAAGAGUUUUACAAAACGUAUAAAAUUAUAGAAUUCAUUUUUUACUUUGAAAUAAGGCAAAUACGACCCAUCGACGGUGCCAUGAAGAAUGUAGAACUGGAACUGAACAGAAAUGUCCCCAUGUCUUUUUCGUCUUUUAAAGAAAACAAAGUUUUGGUAACUCCACUGGUCAUCUUCGCUACGGGAUUUAAAAAAAGCAAUUUCGCAGAAAAUCUGUACAAUCAGUCUGUUCAAAUGUUUAGGGAAGAUAUAGGGCAGCACAAGUUUGCCAUUUUCAAGGCAGGCUGGUUUGAUAAAGGACCCAAGGGAAAUAUAGCUAGCCAAAUUUUGAAUUCGAAAAAUUCCACUCAUCUCGUUUUAAACUUCCUCCAGAAAGUGGACUCCUUUUUUGACAAUGACAUUUCGAGCUUGUUACAGGAGAAGCAAAUUCCUUAUGUCUCCUUUGAUGAUUGGACUUACCUCCACCAGAUGGAGAAACAAAUGGGGGCGCAGCAAAAUAAAAUUGCCCAAAAGUUUUCCCAAACUGGGGAGGUCUUGCGUGUACUGAAGGGUAGAAUGGGGAAAAGCCGCAAGGUUAAACCCGCUGAUCAGCCUCGACUGUGCCUUCUAGUGCCAGCCAUCUG